CAUGACGUCACUUGACGUUGGUCGCCGCGCGCGCGUGACGUGACGUUUCCACGGUGAGGCGGCGUGGCUCGGUUUCGUGGCGGCGAAGCCGAUUCUACUUCCGAGGUCUGUUCUGUCGUGCCGCGUUCGCCGUUCAGUGAAUACACGCGCUCGUCUGGCUCAAGAUGGUCGCGGUGAAGGGACGCAAGAGCUCGAACAAGAAUCCGCCUAUUCUCAGCCAUGAGUUUGUCAUACAAAAUCACGCGGACAUCGUCUCCUGCGUGGCUAUGGUCUUCGUGAUCGGCUUGAUGGUGCAGGUCACUUCGCCAUGGGCAUAUAUGUUUAUCGCUAUCCACCAUAAUGUGACAAACACCACUGAAGAUCCAACAGCAGUGAUAAAAUACACUACAGGAUGGAAAGAUGCCUGUGCAGUAUUCUUUUACUUCUUGAUAACCAUUAUAAUGCACGCUGUGCUUCAGGAAUAUAUAUUCGAUAAAAUUUCCAAACGUCUCCAUCUCAGCAAAGUCAAACUCUCCAAAUUUAACGAGUCCAGCCAAUUAAUAGUGUUUUAUAUAUUAUCCGCAUUAUGGGCCAUUGAUAUUAUUAUUAGGGAAAAUAUGCUUUUAAAUAUAUGGGCAUUGUGGGAACAAUACCCGGCACCAAUGUCUUUCUCUUUGAAAUUAUUCUUUAUCGGCCAGCUUGCCUAUUGGUUACACUGUUAUCCCGAGCUCUACUUUCAACGAGUUAAGAAAGAAGACAUUCCACAGCGCAUUCUUCAUGCAACCAUUGGAUUAUUCUUUACAUCUGCCGCUUAUUUCUUUAACUUCCAACAAUUAGCAGUAAUCUUGUUGACUCUCCAUUAUGUGGCAGAUGCCUCGUUACAUGGAGCCAGACUGGUUCACUUUAUUAGUCAAAAAGAGAAAAGAACGAAAUUAUCAUUCCUUGUCGCUAAUUCGACGUAUAUGUUUGCGCGUCUCGCAACUAUCAUCCUUACGGUUGUGGUGUUUCUGUACGGUUUGAGAAAACUGGAGUUCAGUUUUGACUAUGACACUGGCAACUUCAAUACUCCAGCCGUGCAAUUCUCGGCGGUAUCUGUUAUUUCGCUCUUCCAAAGUUAUCUCCUGUACUACUUCAUCGCGAAACAAAUUAAACGUGCGCGCGAAAACGCCGCGCCUGUUGUCGUUAAAACCAAGCCGAAACAAAAGCUGAGAAAGCGAGAUGGCAAGAAAUCCGCUUUGUCCGAAGAUGACGAUCUUCCGGAAGUAGAUCAGGCGACGAAGAAGAAUCUAAGAAAUCGUCCCUCAGCCAAAGUAAAAUAGAUGGAUUAAUAAAUUAGAGGAAUCAUCGAUAAGCCUGACUAGAUAUUCAAUUUUAAUCAUUUGUAUGUCAUGAAUACAUCAGAAUGUUUGAUUAGAAUGUAUGAAAAUGCAAUCGUGUCUCGUAAUACAGAAAUGUGAAGCUUCUACAGUACUACCGAUUCAAAAUCAUGUCACGCAGAGUACAGAGAUAUACGAUACUCUAGGCUUUAUACUCGAUAAAUGUAUAAACGUGAUACAUUUUAAAUAUUUUAUAAAAGAAAUUAAGUGUACAUGGUA